GUCCAGAGAGCCAACCUUCAAAUAGCACAGUGGCGUUUAUGUUCCUGUUUAUUAUUGGCUUCCUCUGAAUAACACACACCUUAAGUCUUGAAUUAGAGCGACUGUUAAGUCACAGGAUGUGGUGACAGCUGUAAUCUGAAAUUCGUGUCGUGCUUGAAGGGACUGAAGUCUCGCAGCGGUUCAGACUUGAGGAGUCACAACUUAUGAUGGCUAGAGCUCUUCAGCUGUUCGGUCUUCCCGGUUCUGCGGACUGAGGCAGCUGCUGCUGAGCCGAGCUCACAGCCGGUUCAUUUUACUCAGCACCGGACGAGCCGGCCGCCAACUCCUGCGAGGGCAGCUCGGAUAUUCAAGGACAUUUUAACGUUACCAUAGCUACUUUGGCCUUUUUUUGUCGAUUGAGGAAAUCCAGCGUGUGGUUCUCCGGCGCAGUGAUGUGGCCAGAUUUUGUAAACACUGGCAGAAACGUCGGUUGAUCUCAUGUAACACGCUCCGGGGGCUGAUGAUGCUUCUCUGCGUGUCAUCUUUACGUGUCGUACCCGCACUCCCUUCCUCUGCCGAAGGGCCAAACAGACAGCGACGUAAAGGAAAUUAGUGGCAGACUUUUGAUAGGUCCCUGUCGAUUAUGGCAUCAUUUCCAGAUCCCGUCAAGUGCUGAAGGGAACCCGCGUUACUGGAGAAAGUAGCUACCCGCCAAACCUCCACCUCCAACCCCGGAGAAAGGCCGAUAAACUUUGCAUUAGUGGAAGGUGUUGGGGAAAAGCCAAAGGUGCAUCUCUGCUGUGCAUCAGGUUCAGGAGCCAUCAAUGUGGACUUCAGCUGGUGAUUUGACAAGACACAUAUAGGAGCACCCCAAGUCUCUCCUUCCCCCCUCUCCCCCUCCCUUCCCUCUAUCCCUCCCUCCCCCUUUCCCUUGUCAAUCUCCUCCCUCAUCCCCCUUUCCCCUUAUCUAAGCUUCACCAUGCUCAUCAAGGAGUACCGCAUCCCCAUGCCCAUGAGUGUGGAGGAGUACCGCAUCGCCCAGCUUUAUAUGAUACAGAAGAAGAGCAGAGAAGAGAGCUGUGGUGAAGGCAGUGGGGUGGAAAUCCUAGAAAAUAAGCCGUAUACAGAUGGACCAGGCGGGACGGGCCAGUACACCCACAAGGUCUACCAUAUUGGCAUGCACAUUCCCAGCUGGUUCCGCUCUAUCUUGCCCAAAGCAGCCCUGAGGGUUGAAGAGGAGUCCUGGAACGCCUACCCUUACACCCGCACCAGAUACACUUGCCCCUUUGUUGAGAAAUUUUCCAUUGACAUUGAGACAUACUACAAACCCGACACAGGCAACCAGGCUGAUGUCUUCAACAUGUCAGCAGCAGAGAAAAGACAAAGGACUAUUGACCCAAUCGAUAUAGUGACAGAUCCCAUCCCUCCUCACGAGUACAAAGCUGAGGAAGACCCAAGGCUUUACAAGUCAGCCAAGACCCAAAGGGGACCUCUGCGAGACGACUGGAUAGAAGAGUACAACAAUAACCCAGGCAAGACCCCCAUCAUGUGUGCCUACAAACUCUGUAAGGUGGAGUUUCGUUACUGGGGCAUGCAGUCCAAGAUCGAACGCUUUAUUCAUGAUGUUGGACUAAGAAAGGUGAUGGUGCGUGCCCACCGGCAGGCCUGGUGCUGGCAGGAUGAGUGGUAUGGUCUGACCAUAGAAGACAUCAGGCAGCUGGAGCUGGAAACCCAGCUGGCCCUGGCCAGGAAGAUGGCUCAGUUUAGCCAGGCAGAGGAGGCCACUGAGGCCAACGGAGGUGCUCCAUCUCCAGACAAAGACCAGGAGGUUAAAGAGGCAAUCAGCUGUAUUGAAGCUGAGGCAGUCGUUGCCAGCUCAGGAGGAGAAACUCUGCAGCCACGAGGUAUACUAACUAAGCAGUGGUCCACCUCCUCCCGAUCCUCCCGAUCAUCCAAGAGAGGAGUGAGCCCGUCACGUCACAGCAUCUCCGAGUGGAGGAUGCAGAGCAUAGCACGAGACUCGGACGACAGCUCGGACGAGGAAUUCUUCGACGCUCAUGAGGAUCUCUCUGAUGGUGAGGAGGUCUUCCCAAAAGAGAUUGCCAAGUGGAACUCCAAUGACCUCAUGGACAAGAUUGAGGCUGUAGACACAGAGGAAACUCCUGGUGACCUGUUCAAGGAAAUGACCGUCGAUUAUGAAAGAGCAACCAGCGAGGAAAGACUAGAUGAGGAGAGCUCGUCCCAGCAGUGCCUGCAGCCUUCCAAGAUCCAUGUGCUCAUCUUGGUCCUGCAUGGAGGGAACAUCCUGGAUACAGGAGGAGGCGACCAGAACAGCAAGCAGGCCGACGUCAACACAAUCAGUACGGCUUUUGACACAGUCAUGCGUGUUCACUACCCUGCUGCGCUGGGACGCAUCGCCAUCCGCUUGGUGCCCUGCCCUGCCAUCUGUGCCGAGGCCUUCUCCCUCGUGUCCAACCUGAGCCCUUACAGCUACGAUGAAGGUUGUCUGUCCAACAGCCAGGACCACAUCCCGCUGGCAGCCCUGCCUCUCCUCGCCACCUCUUCUCCACAGUACCAGGAUGCUGUGGCCACUGUCAUCUUCCGAGCCAACCAAGUGUAUGCUGACUUCAUUAAGUCUCUGGAUGGUGCUGCUUUCUCUGCCAGGUACGUGAGUUGUUUGCCUCAUUGGGACUGUGUGGGAGGAAUCUUGGGCUUUGAUGCUCUGUGCAGCAGCACAACAGUAAAUGAGAGCCAGAACAGCAGUCGCAGGGGCAGCAUCAUUAGUGUACAGGACCAGGAUCUUCUCUCUGGCAUCGUUGUCAACAGCGCACAUGGAUCAGCAUCUCCAACCUUGGAGGGUAGCCGCCACCUCAGUCGCAGCAACAUUGAUAUUCCACGUGCCAGUGCGGGUGACGACACCAAGAGACAACUGCCUCGCAAGAGAAGUGACUCCUCCACCUACGAGCUGGACACUAUAAAACAACACCAGGCUUUCCUGACCAGGUCUUACAGUCCAGUGUCCCUGCGGAAUGACACAGCUUCCCGCAGGUCGAGCAGCAGCACUAUGCUGGAUGGAGGCUCCCUGGGGAAAUUUGACUUUGAGGUGUCUGACUUUUUCCUCUUUGGCUCUCCGCUUGGCUUGGUACUCGCCCUGAGAAAGACUGUGAUCCCUAUGUUAGAUGUGGCCCAGCUGCGACCUGCCUGUCAGCAGGUCUACCUGUUCCACCCAGCUGAUCCUUCAGCCUCCCGCCUUGAGCCUCUACUGGAGAGGAAAUUUCACCUCCUCCCAUUCAAUGUGCCCCGUUACCAACGCUUUCCCCUGGGAGAUGGAAACUCUGCCCUACUGGUGGAGACAGUCCAGAGCAACGCUCAGCUGCUGCUUGACAGCGGGCCUCCCCUGUCUCUUCGCUGUCAGGAGACCAUCAGUGAGACCUGCAUCCCUGUGCCUGUGCUAAACUGGCAGGAGGGCUCCCUCAAAGCCACACCCGCCACUCUGGAGUCGGAUGUUGUUCAGUCUCAUGGUGGUGUCUUCAUGGACAGUUCGUACCCCUCAUCCCCCGUAACGGGCCCCCUCUCCCGGGGCCAGCGGAGGGCCAGUGAGGUCAGCAUUGCCAGCCAGGUCUCAGGAAUGGCAGACAGUUACACUGCCACCAACAUAGCCAACACUGAAUCAAACCAAUUUAACCAAUAAAAAUUCAGUUUUUUGUCCCAACUCGCCCUAUCCCACAACAAAUUCUUCCUGAAAAGUCUUCCCAAGCCCUGUAAGGACAGAGAGGCUGGCCAGAUCACAGGAUCCUCUGAUGUCUGCAGUAGAGAGCUGGACGAUGAGACAGACUCUAGUGAAGGUCUGAGUCCCAUUGGCCAGUACGAGAACUGUCGAGCAGUGGACUUUGCUAUAUCUGUUCUGGUCUCACUGGUCCAGGCUGAAGUGGACCAAGUUGCAGCACGCUGGUGGGGCACAAAGCGGCUGGACUUUGCCCUGUACUGCCCCGAUGCCCUAACGGCUUUCCCCACAGUGGCUUUACCACACCUGUUCCACGCAUCAUACUGGGAAUCUACUGAUGUUGUGUCUUUUCUCCUGAGGCAGGUCAUGAGGCAUGAAAACUCAAGCAUUCUGGAGCUCGAUGGGAAAGAAGUGUCUGAAUUCACUCCCUCUAAACCUCGGGAAAAAUGGCUGCGCAAGAGGACUCAUGUGAAGAUCAGGAAUGUGACCGCCAACCACCGAGUGAACGACGCCGUCUUCACCGAAGACAGCCAGCAGGUCCUGACAGGCCGCUUCAUGUACGGCCCUCUGGACAUGGUCACUUUGGCCGGGGAGAAGGUUGACCUCCACAUUAUGACUCAGCCUCCAUCGGGAGAAUGGGUGUUCUUCAACACCGAGGUGACCAACAGCAGUGGCCGCGUGUCCUUUGUGAUCCCAGAGGACAAGCGGCUGGGAAUCGGAGUCUACCCAGUUAAAAUGGUAGUCAGGGGUGACCACACAUUUGCUGACAGCUACUUGACAGUUGUUCCACGUGGCACGGAGUUUGUAGUUUUCAGCAUUGAUGGUUCAUUUGCUGCCAGCGUUUCAAUCAUGGGCAGCGAUCCCAAAGUGCGGGCCGGAGCUGUGGAUGUUGUCAGGCACUGGCAGGAUUUAGGCUAUUUGAUCAUCUAUGUAACCGGACGGCCAGACAUGCAAAAGCAGCGGGUAGUGGCCUGGUUGUCUCAGCACAACUUUCCUCAUGGCAUUGUCUCCUUUUGUGAUGGCCUGGUCCACGACCCGCUCAGGCACAAGGCGAACUUCCUCAAGACUUUGACAGAGGCACACAUGAAGAUUUUUGCUGGCUAUGGAUCAACCAAAGACAUCUCAGUCUAUACCUCCAUUGGCCUCCCUUCUUCUCAAUAUAUUGUUGGUAGACCUUCUAAGAAGAUGCAGCACCAGUGCCAGUUUAUCACAGAGGGAUAUGCAGCUCAUCUUUCCCAGCUGGAGUACAACCAUCGCUCUCGGCCAGCCAAGUCCAGCAGUGCACGCAUGGUGCUACGCAAAGGCAGCUUUGGCUUGGGAGCAAACAGUGACUUCUUGAGGAAGAGGAACCACCUGUUGCGCACCAUCUCCUCUCAGCCAGCCCCCAGCUCCCCGACAGGCAACAUCCACAACAGGCCAGAGCGCACACAGAGCCAGUCAGACAGCGAGCGGCUGGAACGGGAGCGGCUGGAGCGCGCUCACAGCCACAGCCAGGGAGGGACCCAGCGCAGCAUGAGCAUCACAGCCACCUGCUGGGGUCGCAGCAGCAGCACCAAGCUGGAACCAGGAGUUUUCAGCUCAAAAUGAAACUAGAGAGACAAUCCAAGGUUUGGGAGAGGCUUGCAGAUGCAGUGCUGAGUAAGAGACACAUGACGUGAAUAUAAAUGCAGUGAGAAGAGGUUGGCUUGCACCAGAUACGUAAAUACUACAAGGAAAAUCAGGUGCUACAAACGACUCUUUAUAAAAACUAAUACCAGUCACAUUCAACACAAAUAUUUAUAGGCAGAGGAUGUGGCAAGAUUCAUUAUCAAACAGAUCAACAUUUCAAGAAGCAUUGUCCUAAGACGGGAAAAUGCACACAACCAAAUAAAGCUAAUACUGUAGGGAUCCAGGCUGUUUGUACUGUUUAUUAAAUAUUUAUUAGUCUUGAUUACAAGGUCAGUUUUGCGCCUCCAGCAGGCUUUUACAUUGGAGACAGUUACGCAUAUAAGCACCCCCAUGCAAACAACACAGAGUUGUUACAGUAGCCGCUGUAAACAACUAAUGUGGCCAAUGCAAGCACAACAAUUACUACAGAGACAAACUUUGUGUAUAGCAGUUUUAAAGCUUUGUCCUUUUUAUGAGAUAAUCAGGUAUGUAAGAGUCAGAGAGCGGAGCUGAGAAUCGGGUGAAGUUGGACUCGGUGUGUUGCUAUUUUAGUCUAAACAAAGAAACAGUCAAGAAGCCAAAAUGAAUCUUUGUUAUUUUUAUUUUUUUUUAAAGGAAGACCAAACAUUGUUUUGGAACAGAACUGAUCCAUAGCUUUACAAAAAGCAUGGAUUUGAUAUUGUUACAGUCCAGUUUAGCUUGUUUUCUCCUCACCCCUUAGACAUGAAGAAUCAUGUAAAUUGAUAGGUUCAGAUCAUUUUAAUAAACUCAGAGAACACACAACUCUUUCCAAACUUGCACAAGGAGGAGAGAUCCAUUCCUUUAGUUCAGCUCUCAGCUGAGCGGAAGUUAUCUGUCCCGCAGGACAACUUCCUGCGCAGCGUUUUAUUCAGACUUUCACAAUAAGAUCACGUGGGUUACACCAAACUUAGUUUACAGCAUGUAAUAAACAACAUUCUCGGCUUCUUGCUUACCAUAUAUGGUAGUAAGUAUACUGUGGAAUGUGCAUACGUAACAUGGCGUACAUGAGACACGUAUCCUAUGUGUGUUCUGUAGGCUUGAAACAGCCUGCAGGUAACUACAACUUCCUCUUUAAGAAAUGUCACCACGUGUUUCCAUUUCAAACAUAAAAACAACAGUAUAAUAUGUACAUAAAACAACUUAUAAAAACAUACAAACAGAAGAUAUGAUAAUUCAUAAUGAACAGAAUGGAAUUUAUACUAUAAUUCCAACAUAAAUCAAAGCUAACUGCUUAAUUACCCUUUAACUGUGGCUGCAGCUGAAACUGUUCCUGGGUUUCACACAUCACUCCAUACCACGCUGCUGCACCCUCCUGAAAAAGUCAUGUACAGUUCCACUAUAGGGAAAAGUAGUACUAUAAGGGAAAGUGCCAAAGUAAACCGUACAGAAGGAUAUGCUGUGUGAAUGCAGAGGAAUGGAGGGAU